UUCACUCGGUGCUAACAUUUCACCGCACGGUCAUCGUCAUUCUCACUUUAAUCUCUUUUUCAACCCCAAUCAUCGCUGUUAAGUUGGACUAUAUUUCAAAGAAGAUAAACAUGUGAUUCUCUUUCAGUUCCUUGCCUUCUAUGGGGUUGAACUGCGAGCACAAGCCCAACCAUAACCAUUCAUCAUUUCAUGCACAGUACUUGUAGUUAUUAUUAUUACUAUUAUCCUCUGCUCAACUCACCCUAUAAAUUUUCUCAUUACAACAACUUAAGAAACCCACCAAAGUUUCUUCACGCAUUCCCUUUGGGUUCAGUCGUGGGUUUUGGGAAACUCAUUAAAGUUCAUGCCUUUCAAGUCUGAGAGAGAGAUCUAGACAGUUUAACCAUUUGGGGUGUGAAGAACAAUCAAACUAAAUUCUGGGUGUGAGGUUCAGCAAUCUUCGUCAAGUGUCACUGAAUUAGUGACCCUUUGAUCAAAGGGCCAAAAGGGUACCCGGGAACCUCCACAGUCGGUGGAAUAAGAAUUUCGCCCCCAAAUUAUGGUGCCAGGAAAUGGCCUCUUUUAUCCCAUUUUGGGUUUUGCGUCGUUUGUGGUUUUCAUUUACAUGUCUUUUGGGGGCAUAAAGUUCAGUUUUUCGGAGGAGGGGCCUGAAUUGGGUUUUGUGGAGAGAAAUGGGACGCAGUUUGUGUUGGAUGGAAAAGCGUUUUAUGUGAAUGGGUGGAACUCUUACUGGCUAAUGGUGCAAUCGGUGGAUGGUUAUUCGAGAUCCAAGGUUCGUGAAAUGCUCAAAACCGGUGCUAAGAUGGGUCUCACUGUUUGUCGAACUUGGGCGUUCAAUGAUGGGGACUACAAUGCCCUUCAAACUUCCCCUGGUCACUUUGAUGAACAAGCUUUCAAGGCCCUGGAUUAUGUGAUAGCAGAAGCAAAGCAACAUGGAAUUAGGCUCCUACUUAGCUUAGUAAAUAAUUUGCAAGCAUAUGGUGGGAAGAGUCAAUAUGUGAAAUGGGCAUGGCAAGAAGGGGUAGGGUUAAGCUCGUCCAAUGAUUCUUUCUUCUUUGAUCCAUCUAUCCGUAGUUAUUUCAAGAAUUAUAUCAAGACUAUCUUGACAAGGAAAAAUACUAUCACCGGGAUUGAAUAUAGAAAUGACCCCACCAUUUUUGGUUGGGAAUUGAUUAAUGAACCUCGUUGCAUGUCUGAUCCUUCUGCUGACACUCUACAAGGAUGGAUAGACGAAAUGUCAACUUUUGUCAAAUUGAUUGACAAGAACCAUCUGUUGACUGUGGGUCUUGAAGGUUUUUAUGGUCCAAAUGAUCCAAAAAGUUCAACUGUCAACCCUGAGCUUUGGGCAUCCAGACUUGGCUCGGAUUUUAUUCGGAACUCCAAAAUAUCAAAUAUUGAUUUCGCCUCUGUUCAUAUCUAUCCCGACCAUUGGUUUCAUGAGCAAGUAUUUGAAGAUCAACUAAAAUUUGUCUCCAAAUGGAUGCUAUCCCACAUUGAAGACGGUGACAAAGUAUUGAAGAAGCCUGUGUUGUUCUCUGAAUAUGGAUUAUCAGAAAAGAAUGAAAACUUUUCCUUGUCUGACCGGGAAAAAAUGCACAGAACAGUUUUAGACAUAAUAUAUAAAUCUGCUAAGAAAAACAGGUCAGGGGCAGGUGCUUUGGUUUGGCAAUUCCUAGUUGGUGGAAUGAAUGAAUUUUCUGAUGAAUAUGGGAUGGUGCCGUGGGAAAGUUCAUCAACCCCUUCUGUAUUUAUUGAACAGUCAUGCAGAUUGGCCAAAGCAAAGGGAUGGACUCAACUGGAUGUAAGCUUCAAACAACGUUGUUAACAAAAACAGUGGAAAACAAAGUUUAAAUCAUGAAACAAAAAUCACUACAAUAUAUUGUUACUCCUUGGAUCACAGACAGAUUUUUGUACAAUAUCCUGGCUUCAACCCCUUUCAUCACCAAUUAUUGAAGUAAAGUGAAUUAGUUGAAUAUAAGUGUUAGCUUGGAUUACAUUAUCACAGAUUCUUAUGAAAUUCAAAUUAUGUCAUACUGCAACAAACCCUACAAGGAAGACGUGUGUAGAUAUGUGAAGGAAAAGCUUUGUAUGUAAUUAAUGUAAAUUUCAAUUAUCAAAAGAUCAAAUUUGUUCCAUGGGUUGUAAGCGGAAAAUCACAAAAUCUUGCUAAUAUAA